AUGUCGCUCGAAGAGUUCUCAGCAGCGCGCAAGCAAAAACUCUCGCUACUCCGCUCCCUGCGCGAAGCCGAACAGUCAUCCACCCCGCUCCCCUCAUCCUCCUCAACCUCUCUCCGCCAAGCAUCGCUCAUCAAGCGUCACUUCCGCAACUAUGACCCCAUCACCGGUCAAAUGAAGCGCUUCACCUCCGCACGCGAUCUCCCCGACACCGUCGAAAAGGACGUCGAUGGUCUUCAACAACGCAUCAUCUCCGACGACGAACAGAAACGACAAGAAGAACUCGACCUCAACAACAUCGCUCCCAAACGCGCAAAUUGGGACCUCAAACGAGACCUACAAAGAAGACUCAAGAAGCUCGAAAGAAGAGACAAGGAAGCCGUCAUCCUGCUCAUCCGUCAACGAAUCCAAUCCCAACAGAAAGCAGCCGGCUUGAAUGCCGACGACGGUAACGAACACAGCGUCACCGGUCUUUCCGCCGAAAUCGCUGCCACAGCAACAGCAGAUCUCGGCAGCGCUGAAUCAGAUCCGUCCAACGAUGAAGGCGGUAGCGACGACGACUAG